UUAAUCCUAUUUCAGAGCUGGGAGAUUAUAAUAAUAAUUGCAUCUAGAAUUCUAGAUCUAGUCCAAUUUCAGUGUUUCGAUAUUAACAUUUCUUGCUCCAUAAGCUUACUUACCUAAUUUUCUGAAGUGAUUGAUAAAAGAUAAAAAAUGACCACCGCAGCUCGCCCAACAUGGGACACAGCCAAGGGAGGAAGAGGGAAAGGAGAAGGUGAUUUAAGUGUUUUGUCUAAGCAGUACUCAAGCCGUGAUCUACCAUCUCACACCAAGUCUAAAUACAGACAAGAAGGUCAAGGAACACAAGAAGAAUUGAGAAACCGUGAUUUCCGCCGUGAAUUAGAAGAAAGAGAAAGGUCAAGUAGGGAGAAAAGAGGAGACAGAAACAGAGAAUCCGGAAGUAGUAGCAGUAGUAAAAGGCCCCGUAUAGAACAAAUUCCUGCUGCCAAUCUAGAUGCAGAUGAUCCAGUUGAUGAUGAGGAUGAAGAAGAUGCAACUGAUGAUGAGGAUGAUACAGCUGAGUUGUUGGCUGAGCUACAGAGAAUUAAAAAAGAAAGAAUUGAAGAAAAAGCUAAAAUGGAGGCUGAAAGGAAGGCAGAGGAGGAGAGAAUCAGAACAGAAAACAUUCUAAUGGGGAACCCACUCAUGCAGCCAGAAAAACAGGCCAGCACAGAUUUCAAAGUGAAACGAAGAUGGGAUGAUGAUGUUGUGUUCAAGAAUUGUGCUAAAGGCAAUGAUGCAAAAACAUCUAGAGGUUUUAUCAAUGACACACUUCGAUCUGAAUUUCAUAAAAAAUUUAUGGAAAAAUAUGUGAAAUAGUGAUGUAUAUAAAAUAUUCACCCUUGUAUUAAAAA